AUGAUCAUCCAGCUAACAUAUCAAUCCCUCAUAGGCGACUACUGCGAUGUGUACCUCACUCACGACUCUAUGAGCGUGCGCAAGGCGCAUAACUCGGGUCGAAACCACCUCCGCAACGUUGUGGAGUACUAUCAGCGUACGUGCUCUCGGAGAUCGAGUUCCUGCAGGUCGUUAACACUGAUACGUUCUCUAGAAAUCGGCCAAGAGAGGGCUCAGUCGGUCAUCGAUUCCAUCACCUCUUCCUACGCGGCGGAGGGCCAGGCUGUCCCUAACCCCCUCAUGGUGCCUCCCGGAGCAUUCCCCCCACCCCCAUUCGCCGUCCCCGGUACUACCCCCUCUGCUCAGUCCGAGCACGAUGAUGUCGAAUCGCAAGAGCUAACCCCUUCUCCACCAGGCCAAGUGCCUCCAUUCGGAAUUCCUCCUCCAGGUGCGCCUGGCGCGCCGCCUGGACUUCCCAAUCGUGAGUCUCACAUGGACCAUGCAAGCAAUCAGGUCGAGUUUUUCCAUGCUAAUUUAACGUUUCGCCCAUGUGCAGUCCCUCCCGGUGCCCGGGUUCCUUUUCCACCAUCCUUCCCUGGUGCCAACGACGGUAGCCUCCCUCCUCCCGGGUCCUUCCCUCUGCCGAAUAUGCCACCCGGCGCGAGUAUGCCUCCCGGUGCGAACAUGCCUCCAGGCGCGAACAUGCCGGCUCCGGGUGGCUUCCAGCCUGGCGUUCCAGGUCUCCGUCACGACACCCCCGGUGCUCCCGGUGCGCCUAGCGCUUUCCCCGCGCCAAUGCCAGGCCACCCUGGUGCGACCAACUCGCCUGGCCUCCGUGGCCCAGAGCGAUACCCCCCCUCCUGGGGGUGGCCCUCCCGGCCUGGGAGACCGUCAGUGGUAGGGACCCUCUCAAAGUUUCAUAUCAGGUGGUCAUCAAGGCGUUCCAAGGUUAAGCUCUGUCCGAUUUUCUUGAAUCUUUUUCUUAUGCUCGCCCAUUUUCUUCGUGGUUAG